CUUAAACAGCCAGGAGACACUUCUCUGCAUUGCUAUAAUUUAUAAAAACAAUGGGAGGGAACUGUUUUUCUGCAUUGCCUCAGACAAAAGAUCAACUCAUAGAGAAAAACAGAAAGCUACGCAAAGAACUAGACACCGUCAGUCGUCGGUAUCUAGAGAAUGUGUGGAGCGUGGUAAUAAACCUUAAAAAGGGUUACGUUGAAAAUAAAUGUGACAUGACGCCCAGCUAUGGAAAACUGAAGGAGCUGAUUAAAUCCUCCACCAGUGACGAGGUUCUGGAGGGAUGCAGGGUCCCUAAACACAAACACUCCAUACAGAACAAGGGAGUCUCCUGUUAUAAUAAUAAUGCUUCCACCGAUAACAUCUAUGAUGCUGUUGCUGCACGCUACGAUCAGUGUACGGGAGCAUUAGGCCUCCGGAAGAACUGUGCACAACUUGCGGGCUAUGUCGCCAUACCAUUAAUGAUAAAAGAGGUUACAGAAAUGCACAAGGCGGAAAUUGCUGAUGAAAACGACGAACUAAAACAUUACAUACAAUGUUAUGACCAUAUGUUCGAAAGGGCACGCAGAAGACUGAGCAAUCUACGAAAGGAAUAUGAAGAAUCAAAGCAGUAUCUGCUACCCAAACGAUAUCCACUUCUGAAAGAAAUGGUUAAAACUGUGAUCACGGACAAAAAGCUGAUGCCUGACAGACCUGAUGACGAAGCUACCAGUGAAUGAAAAGUUGUAAAAUGGGUAUAUAUAUAAUACACAUUUUGAUUUUUAAUUUUUGAACCGAUGCUAAGUCAAGCCUUGAUUUUUCAAGAAAUAUGACCACAAUAAUACCUUCCAUUAUCUGAGAAAAAAAGGCGACUUUCCUCAUUUAACAUUUAGUUAUUUGUGCAAAUAAUAUCGAAGAAGAUUUAAAAUUUCUGAUUUUGUUCUGAUUUACUGGUUCUUCUUCGAUAUGUUGUGUAACGUUGUUUUCUGUUUUUAACGAAAUACACCCUUCGCUUCCUUCAUCUCUAUAAUUAUCUUUGGUUUGUAAACAAAGGUCGAGUCUUGUUUUUGUUUACAUGCGAGUUAUAUUUUUAGAGCUUGGCUCAGCUUUCAUUGA